AUGGCAGCCAACGCGGGCCCCCAUUCUGGUGAGAAUGAGGAGGACCCCGCUUUGGGUGAUAUCUAUUCGCACGACGAUGACAUGUCCAUUCAGGAAGCUUCCCCUGAUCCCAAACUAAACCAGUCCUUGCCUAUGCAGAAGAGGCGGCGAGUUGGACGCGCCUGUGAUGAAUGUCGUAGAAAGAAGAUCAAAUGUGAUGGGAAACAGCCUUGCACCCACUGCACGGUCUAUAGUUAUGAAUGCACGUAUGACCAACCUUCUAACCGUCGCCGCAAUCCUGCCCCGCAGUAUGUUGAAGCCCUCGAGGCUCGUAUGCAUAAGGCCGAGGCCCUUCUUCGUUCUAUUCUUCCGGACAUCAAUCUCGACGACCCCCAACUAGAUGUACAAGCUACCGAGCAGCGCCUUGUCGCAGCACACAAGGCUAAGCAGGCGACCGGAGCGCAAGCGCCAAAGCCUACCCAAAAGCCAACUGAACCGAGCCCUGAGGGUGGAGAUGAAUCUUUACUAGAGACCAUGGUCGAUAACUCUGGCUGUUUAGAUCGAGAUGAUCAGGGCCACUGGGAUUAUCAUGGCCAUACUUCAGGUAUCAUCUUUAUUCGGCGACUGCGAAAGCAGUUAGGUGCUGCUGACCUGCCGAUAAUGAGACCCGGGGGUCUUACACAUUCGCUUGAAAGCCCCAAAUCUGCAUCAGAUUCACCUCAAGACUCGUCUCUACCGCCCACACAUGAUUUGCCGCCUCGGGCGGUCGCACGACGUUUGUGUCACAAUGCGCUGGAUGAUGCCUGCAGCCUGAUGCGCUUCGUGCAUGAACCGUCGUUCUUUGCGAGUCUGGAAGAUAUCUACGAUAAAUCACCUGAUCAAUUCACCAAUGAGGAGAACUCGUUUCUUCCACUUUUGUAUAUUGUGAUGGCAGUCGGAUGUCUUUUCUCAGAUGAUGGAGUUGGUACUUUGGAUGUAGCUGGUUAUGAAGGUGCGAUCGGUCAAGGAUUUCAAUUCUUCAAAGCCGGGCGCCAGCUAUUGGAGGUUACGGACUGCCGAGAUUUGACUUCCUUACAAGCCAUUUGCUUCAUGGUUCUCUUCUUGCAAUCUUCCGCCAAGCUUAGUACGUGCUAUUCUUAUGUAGGAAUCGGUCUUCGCUCAGCUUUACGACUGGGCCUUCAUCGAAAUGUGGCAACGGAUUUUAAUCCAAUCGAGCGAGAGCUACGGAAACGCAUCUUUUGGGUUAUUCGCAAGAUGGAUGUCUAUGUCAGCACGCUACUGGGUCUUCCCCAGAUGUUAAGCGAAGACGACAUCGACCAAGAAUACCCGUUGGAAAUUGAUGGAGAUUUCAUUACUGCGCAGGGCAUCGCAUCAAUGCCCUCGGACUAUACCCCGUUAAUGGCUGGACCAAACGCGCAUACCCGUCUUGCAACUAUCCUUUUGAAGGUGGUUAAAUACAUAUACCCGGUCAAGAAUGCCCGAUACCGUUCCAAAUUCGAUCAGAGGUACAUGGUCAGCCACUCCAAGAUCCGUGAGAUUGAGCGGGAUCUCCAAAACUGGAUGGAGGAACUGCCUGCAGCUUUGCGCCCGGGUACAGAGGUCUCUCCACAGCUAGAAAGGAUUCGUCAGUUACUGCGUAUCAGCUAUGCGCACGUGCAGAUGGUGAUGUAUCGACCGUUCUUACACUACGUAUCAGGAGGGUCCCAAGCGCGGGGCGUCGAUAAGCGUUCUUAUGCCUGUGCAGCAGCUUGCGUCAGCGUUUCCCGAAACAUCGUUCACAUUACGACAGGAAUGCACAAACGGGGUCUUCUCAAUGGAUCCUUUUGGUUUACCAUGUACACGACGUAUUUUGCUAUCCUGUCGUUGAUUUUCUUCGUUGUCGAGAAUCCCGACUCCCCCACCGCCAAAGAUGGCGUUCUCAAAGACGCGAUGGAGGGUAAAGCCACAUUGGCCGGGUUAGCCAAGAAGAGUAUGGCGGCUGACCGAUGCUCUCAGAGCUUGACUUGUUUGUUCAAGACUUUGCCCGAAAUGCUGAAGAAUCGCCAAGGUUCUAAAGUUCAGGUAAACCUGAAGCGACCUGCGCCCUUUAGUGUUUCGGAGCCAGAAAAUAUUCCAAUGUCAGCAUCGGACCAAUUCUCUUUACCCCAUCGUUCAACCACCUUCCCCACGCAUAUGAUGCAACAGAACCAGGUUUUGGACACCUCGACUCGCCGCCAAAGAAGCUUGGACAAUUCCCAAAGUAACCGUCCCACCGAUAGCGGUACCCAGUCCACCUGGUUGGCCUCGACACCGGAAUUCCUGACAGAGGCCAUGGCCACUCCAGAGCCCAUGUCGUCCAGCUCAAUGAACCCUUCUCUCGCCAACCAAGAACAACCAAGUUUGGCCUGGUCGCAGCAGUUUACUAACCCCAGUAAUCUGCCAGAUCUCAUGCCAAUGAUGUUCCCAUCUGAUGAUCCUUUUGCGUACCCCACGCAACCUAUGUCCACCUUAGAAGAUGACCACUUCCGCCAUGAUCGCCCGGGCAUGGCAAACAAGCACUUCGCAUUUGAUUCGAACUCACAUACUGGAAUAAACUCACCAAUCGAUCCCGGCGUAGCAACCCCUGGAUUCGACUUCGCCAACAUCUCCAACUUCGGGGCAUCGACCGGAGUAAAGUCAUCAGUGCCGAGCCGGCUACAACCAAUGAGCUCCCCGCGUAUCCACUCGCCAAUCUCCAACACCCCAAGUGAGGCUCUGAGCAGCCCCGACCUCGUUUCCAUCCCCAACCAAAAUUUCGUGUGGCAAGGCUACAACUUCCAACCGACCAACAUCCCAGCCGAUCAAAAUGUACAGCAGGAACAGACGACGGCCCCUACUAGUAAUGGAGUUCCGGACUUCGCGAUGGGUUUUGACGAGAACUCAUUGGGAAUGAAAAUGGACCUGGGAAUCUCUUUCGAUGACUUGUUCGGGAAUGAUGCCCCCUACAGACCUGGCAACGGGGUAUCCAAUGAUGACUGGACCCAGUGGAUGAAUGCUGGGGUCUGA